AUGCCUUCCAGAUUCUUUGAAGUUAUACUGGAACACUUUGAUCAAGUUGUCGGAGAUUGUUUAUGGACUGUGUCAACUGUCUUAUUAGGUUUUGCCAACAAUAAAGCUUCCCACCGUAUAAGUUUGAAGGCUGUGGCCCUUCACCGGAUAUGUGAAGAUCGUCUAGCGGAGGGACGUAUACCUGGUGGGGCUCUUAAACCAGUUAAUGUCGACGCUGACACAACAUUUGAUGUAACUGAGCGUUAUUGGUUCCCAAUGCUGGCUGGUUUGUCUGACCUGACAUCAGAUUCAAGACCAGAGGUUAGGAGUUGUGCAAUUGAAGAGAGCUUAAUUUCCUCUGGGGAUGUGUUGUUUCGUGAAAGCGGCAUUCAUUCUCUUCAGUUGCUGUGCAACCUUUUCAACACCUUUUACAAGAGAUUUAAGGUUCAUACAGACGGUGAAAUUUAUCAGUUUGGUUCUAAUGAUAAUGGGAAGAUUUCACCACAUGCAUCCCCAUGCAGCACAAGGAAUGCUAAUGCAUCUGUUUCACAAGAUCACAAUCAAGAAUUACAAUAUAUUCCAGAUGGAUAUGAAGGUGUACCCUCAUCAUCAGGUAGAGCUCAUAAGUCCGCUGAAGCUGGGAGUCUCCAACGAAGUCAAACAAUAGGUCAAAGAAUCAUGGGAAAUAUGAUGGAUAACAUAUUUGUUAGAAGUUUUCCCUCAAAACCAAAGAGUCCUACAUCAGGGACUUCAGUUCCAUCUUCGCCGCUGAAGGUACGCAAAUCAUCUUUGGUUGUUGUAAUGGACGUCGUGCUAUCCUUACUUGAGUUUGCCGCCUCAUACAAUUCAUAUUCUAACCUCAGAACCCGAAUGAACCACGUUCCUGCAGAAAGGCCCCCUCUAAAUCUUCUUCGUCAGGAGUUAGCAGGAACUUGUGUUCAUCUGGAUGUCUUGCAAAGAGUAACAUCGGGACUCGAUAGCAAUAAUGGACAACGUCUAGAAUCUAAUGGGACUCGUGACACUGCUGAAACGAAACUGGAGGGAAUAGCAGAAGAGAGGCUGGUGUCUUUCUGUGAACAGGUACUCAGGGAUGCAACCGACCUCCGGUCUACAAUAGGGGAUACUAGCAAUUUGGGCAUUCAUCGGGUUCUGGAGUUGCGGUCCCCAAUCAUCAUUAAGGUGCUUAGAGGCAUGUGCUCAUGAACAGAAAGAUUUUCAGGAGACACCUCAGCGAUUUCUAUCCU